GCUUAUCUACCAAGAACUGAGCAAUUGCAUGCUCAGUCGGCUGACGAGAAGUCUAGGAUUUAGAAUAAUGUCGUCGCCAGUUCACAAGAAAGCUAAGUUAGAAGUCUCUAUUGAGCAGCCAGUAGUACAGAAGAAACCUCAGCAACCAAAAAAAGACAAAGCACAGAAACAAGCAGAAAAAUACGCAAAGUUACAGAAGAAGUCUAAAUUACAAUCCGUAGAACGUGGUGGUCCAGAGGAGAACAUCUUCCUCGACGUUAGACACCUACUGGGUGAUGCCGUCGUAGACACACACAUAAAAGAGGAAAGCUGCUUUGCUGCGAAGUAUGACUUUGGUACUGAAUUGGAAUUGGAAAUAUCACAAAUGUCGAGCUCAGGUGAUGGUUUAGCAAUCACUGAGUGCAAAUCCUGGGUCGUAGCCGUACCGUUCUGUCUUCCUGGCGAAAGAAUCCUUGCGAGGGUCUAUAGGAACUCUUACUGUCACUCCUACGCUGAUCUCGUCAAGGUCCUUGACAAACGCGACAGCUGGAGAGACGACGAGCAAAUCAAAUGUCGCUACUUUGGUAGUUGCUCCGGUUGCCAAUAUCAAAUGAUUCCAUACGAAAGACAGCUCCUGCUCAAGCAACGCGUCGUCGAGAAAGCCUAUGAGAGGUUCUCACAUCUCGCUCCUGAGCUUAUACCAUCUAUUUUGCCAACCAUUGCGUCACCAAAGCAGUACAACUAUAGAACAAAAAUAACACCACACUUCCAAGCCGCCCCUAAAAAUGCAGGUGACGACUACGAUGCAAAAAUUGGUUUCGACAUGAAGGGUAGACGUAGCACUAUCGAUAUCGAGGAAUGCCCGAUUGCGACUGAGACGCUCAAUGUCGGUAUGAAGCCAGCGAGGGCUAACGUUAAAGCCACAAUAAAGAAUUAUAAGAGGGGUGCUACACUCCUGCUUCGUGAUUCGAUGGUCAGACCAGCUGACGCCGCGAGCGCGACAAGUGUCGACAUCCCACCGGUCGAUUUGUCAACGAUCAAGCCAGAUGAAAGAACAUGCAUAACCGAUCAUAAGCAGAUUACUAGAGAAAUUGUCGGUGACAAGCUCUUUGAAUUCACGGCAGGAUCUUUCUUCCAAAAUAAUUCGAGUAUUCUUGUUCCUCUCACACAAUAUGUUUUGGAGGCCCUGCCAGAGAAAAAGAAGGACCCUAUGUACCUUGUCGAUACUUACUGUGGGGCUGGCCUCUUCUCAAUCUGUCUUCAAGAGCGUUUCGAUAAGGUUGCCGGAAUCGAGAUCUCAGAGCAAUCGAUCUCGUAUGCCAAGCAUAAUGUCAAAUUGAAUGGUCUUGAUGAUAGCAAAAUUAGCUUCAGAGUUGGUAGAUCAGAGGCUAUCUUCGAUGUCGUGAAGGAUUUCCCAGCUGAGAACACCUCUGUUAUUAUCGAUCCACCACGUAAAGGUUGCGAUGAGCCUUUCAUAUCACAGCUCAAACAGUUUAGACCUCACAGAGUUGUCUAUGUUUCCUGUAAUGUACACACACAGGCGAGGGAUGUCGGCAUGCUCUGUGGUGAGGAUGGUCCAUAUUCUAUAGAGAGUCUUAGAGGAUUCGACCUCUUCCCUCAAACAAGUCACGUCGAAGGCGUUGCCGUCUUGAAAUUGAAAUAGAUGUAUUUUAUUAUUAAUUAUGUUC